ACAGAGGCUGAACAGCUUGACAUGAGGACUGUAUUCAAGCAGCAGAGACUAACUGCUCCACAGUAUAAAUUCAGGGAUUUGACAUAUGGAUUAUCGUCUGAUCAUCUUUGUGCUCACAGGAGCACUGAUCAGUGACGCUUCUGUCCAAACACGACAGUUCUAUUUUGUGAACACACCACUGAACUGGACUGAUGCUCGGAGCUUUUGCAGACAGUUUUACUCUGACCUGGCUACUAUAGAGAACACAGCUGAUGUCUCUGCUGUUACAAACACAACGUCAAAUUACACAGGCAAAGCUUGGAUAGGUCUACUGAACAUCUGGAUAUGGUCCCUGAAUGACACCAGCCUCUAUGGAGAAGGAGGAACAGGGUUUUUAAACUGGGGUCCUGGUUAUCCUGUGUAUGGACAACAAUCCUGUGUGCUCGUGUUUGGUAUCCAGACAAGUGCUCCUGGCAUAUGGACUAAUUGGUACUGCACUCAUGCAUUACCAUUUGUAUGCUACAAUGGUGCAAUAAAUGGCGUAUCAUCUUUUGUGUUGGUUAACGACUUCAUGACCUGGACUGAUGCUCAGAGCUACUGCAGAAACAACUAUGUAGAUUUAGCCAGUAUACGAAAUGAGGCUGAAAAUAGCAUAAUCACAAACUUAGCAGGCGUGUAUGGUGUGUUCAUUGGUCUGCACCAGGACGUGGUGUGGUCUGAUGGAAGCACGUCUGUUUUUCGUAACUGGGCCAGUGGUGAGCCAUACAUGUACUCUAGUAUAGACGAGUGCAUCACCACAUCAUUCAGUGACUCUGGACUCUGGUCAAAUGAUAACUGCUCUCUCAGUUCCCCAUUCAUCUGUUACACAACAGCUCCAUCAAAUGCCCAAAGCUUUGGAGCAACUGCCCAAAAUGAGACCAGUAUCACUCUGCAGUGGAGUCAAGUAAACAGUGGAGUCAGUUUUAUUCUUCAGUUUAAUGGGACAGUAAAAACCAUCGCUGCACCUGUUGGAGGAGGACCAGUAACUCAGACAGUCUCAUCUCUCACUGCUGGGACUGAAUAUACAUUCACACUGUUCUCUGUGUUUGACAAUGUCAGAAGCAGUGGAGUAACGAUCAUUGCAGCUACUGAUCAGUACGAUUACUUCUAA